GCCCCAAACGCACUUUCACUUUAGCAAAUUUGAGUAAAAAAAAUAUAAUGAUGCAGGCGGAUCAAAGCUCUGAGCUUUACAGAUUCCUGGCGCAGAACGGAGCCUUCAGCCUGGGCGGCGCCGCCGGAUCUUGCCGCUUUCCGGCGACACAAAGCAUGUCGAGCUCUUCCUCUUAUUACCCUAAUUUGGAUAAGUCUCCGGCGGCGGCCGCCACUGAGGGAGCGGUGCCGUCGCCCCACGACAGAGCUCUGGCAGCCCUUAAGAAUCACAAGGAAGCUGAGAAGCGGAGGAGAGAGAGAAUCAACUCUCAUCUUGAUAAGCUUCGGACUCUUCUUCCUUGUAAUUCUAAGACGGACAAGGCAUCUCUUCUGGCAAAAGUGGUUGAGCGAGUGAAAGAGCUAAAGAACGAGACAUCGGAGAUCGCGGAGCUCGAGAGCUUCCCUUCGGAGACCGACGAGAUCAGUGUCCUUUCCGGGGAGCAGUCAGAGGACGGAAGGCUUGUGUUCAAGGCAUCAUUGUGUUGCGAGGACCGCUCCGAUCUCAUCCCUGACCUCAACGACAUACUUAAUUCCCUCCACCUCAAAACCCUUAGGGCUGACAUUGUCACGGUCGGUGGCCGGAUUCGCAACGUCCUCCUUAUCGCCGCUAACGACCACCACAGCGUCGAGUCCGUUCAUUUCCUUCAAAAUGCCUUGAAAUCUCUUCUUGAACGCUCAAAUUCUAGCCUUACAUCCAAGAGGAGGCGUCUUGUACUUCACAAAUGAUCAUAAAUUCUCAAUAUCUAUCCUUUUCUUUUCUCUCA